UCUCUCUCUCCGUCUCCAUCUCUCUCUGUGAACAAAAGAAAAAAGAUUUAAUAGUUUAUAAUUAUAUAUAUUAACAAUAAUAACAAUAGAGAUAAAAUCCAUCAUAAAUCACAACUGAUUUCCUCUUCAAUCAUUCUACCUUCUUCCUGCCUCUUUUUCUGUUUUCCUCUGUCAACCAACCAACCAAACAGGCUCUUAAUAUCUCUCGUUAGAUCACCGGUCACCGUUCUAACUCCGACCAAGAAAAAGAAACCAUGGUUGAAACUAGACGCAGCUCAUCUUCCGGCAAGCGACCUCCGCCCUCCUCUCCUCCCCCUUCUGCUUCCAAAAGAUCCAAGGGGGCGGCGGCGGCGGCGGCGGCGGAGGCAUCUUCAUCGACGAAUGAUGAAACGGUGGACGUGCCGAUCGAGACUUUGAGUCCGGUAAAGGAAUCGGAGGAAGUACAUCGAGAACAUGAAUUGGAAUCUUCUGAUCCGGAAGUAACAGUGGCUUCAAAACCUGGUCUUGUUGCUGAUUCUGAGAAAUCUGUUGAUGCUGAAGGUGAGGGUUUGGUGUCACCUUUGCCUUUAGGUGAAACUACUGCUAUGAAUAGUGAGAUAUCUAAGACCAUUGAUGUUGCUCUGACUCGGGCGAAGAAGCGCUCAGUUAAAUCUGCACCUUCAAAAUCUGCUGCAAUGAAAUCUGCUAAACCCAAUGAUAAGGCUGCAUGGGGCAAGUUGCUUUCACAGUGCUCUCAGUAUCCUCAUAAGGAAAUGCGUGGUACGCUUUUCACUGUUGGUCAAAGCCGUAAUUGCGAUUUAGUGCUUAAUGAUCCUUCCAUAAGUGGCACCUUAUGUAAACUAAAACAGCUAGAGAAUGGAGGUGCAACAGCUGCUUUGUUGGAGGUAACCGGGGGUAAGGGAGCAGUACAAGUAAAUGGUAAACUAUUACCAAAACCAGGUAUGAAAGUGAUAAAUGGAGGAGAUGAAGUGGUUUUUAGUUCUUCAGGAAAACAUGCUUAUAUUUUUCAGCAACUUACUAAUGACAGCUUAAGUACUCCAGGCGUGCCUUCAGCAAAUAUCUUAGAAGCUCGAGGUGCUCCAUUAAAAGGGAUUCAGUUUGAGGCCCGAUCCAGGGAUCCAUCAGCUUUUACAGGAGCGUCAAUAUUGGCUUCUUUAUCUGGUUUUCCAAAGGAUAUAUCACUUCUAUCUCCUCCUGCCAAAGCAGGUGAGGAUAUGCAGCAAAAUACUGAGAUUUCUACUGUACCUUCUGCGUGUGGAGCACGCGAUGAUUGCAUUCCAGAAGUUGACAUGAAGGAUAGCACAAAUAAUGGCGAACUGGCUGCCACUACUUCAGGGGAUAAAAAUAUAGUUCCAACCUCUAAUACUACUGGUCAAAACCCUAAUAAUGAUAGUCUUGGGUUGGAUGCUUCCACAGACACAGGGAACAGAAAAGUUGCUGGAUCGGCCUAUGAAUUAAGGCCACUCUUUCGGAUACUUGCAGGUUCUUCUGAAUUUGAUUUAAGUGGUAGCAUUUCCAAAAUACUUGAUGAGCAAAGGGAAAUAAGGGAACUCCUAAAGGACCUAGAUCCUCCGACAAUUCUGAUGUCCACUAGACGGCAAGCAUAUAAAGAUAAUUUACAACAGGGAAUUCUAACUCCUGAAACCAUUGACAUUUCAUUUGACCAUUUUCCAUAUUACUUAAGUGAUACGACAAAGAAAGUUUUGAUAGGUGCUGCAUUCAUUCAUUUGAAGUGUGAUAAAAAAGUCCCGAAGUUUUCAUCUGAUCUUCCUACUGUUUCCCCACGCAUAUUAUUAUCUGGUCCUGCGGGUUCAGAAAUAUAUCAGGAAACCCUGGUGAAGGCACUUGCCAAAGACAUCAGUGCUAGGCUGCUAAUCAUUGAUUCUCUUCUAUUGCCUGGUGGUUCAACACUCAAAGAAGCUGAUUCUGUGAAAGAAAGUUCAAAACCUGAAAGAGCAUCUGUUUUUGCCAAACGAGCUGUGCAGGCACAUUAUAAGAAACCGACUUCCAGUGUUGAGGCUGAUAUUACCGGUGGCUCUGCUAUAAGCUGUCAGGGGCUGCCAAAGCCGGAAACUUCUACUGCAUCAUCCAAAAACUACACAUUUAAAGAAGGUGAUAGAGUAAAGUUUGUGGGGUUACCUUCUCUGCAACAUCCUUUAAGGGGCCCGUCAGUUGGUUUUCGAGGCAAGGUAGUCCUUGCAUUUGAAGAAAACGGAUCCUCAAAGAUUGGGGUUAGAUUUGAUAGGUCUAUCCCAGAUGGCAAUGACCUCGGUGGUCUCUGUGAAGAAGACCAUGGCUUCUUUUGUGCUGCUAAUACUCUUCGCUUGGAUGGUGCUGGAGGUGAAGAUGUUGACAGGCUUGCUAUUAAUGAACUCUUUGAGGUUGCUCUGAAUGAAAGUAAAAAUGGCCCCUUGAUAUUGUUUGUGAAAGACAUAGAAAAAUCUGUGGCGGGGAAUCAAGAUUCGUACACUGCGUUACGGAGUAAGCUUGAAAAUUUACCUGACAGAGUUAUUGUGAUUGGCUCACAUACACAGCUGGACAAUCGGAAGGAGAAGUCUCAGCCUGGUGGUCUUCUGUUUACCAAGUUUGGUAGCAACCAUACUGCUUUGCUGGAUCUUGCUUUUCCGGAUAACUUCAGUAGACUGCAUGAUAGGAGCAAGGAAACUCCUAAAACUAUGAAGCAGCUGGCUCGGCUUUUUCCUAACAAAGUGACAAUACAGUUACCUCAGGAUGAAGCCUUGCUUUUGGACUGGAAGCAGCAGCUGGAGCGUGAUAUUGAAACUCUGAAGGCACAGGCCAACAUUGUUAGCAUUUGUGCGGUUCUCAGCCGAGUUGGUCUGAAUUGCCCUGACCUUGAGGCUCUCUGUAUUAAAGAUCAAGCCCUUACAACUGAAAGUGUAGAGAAAAUAGUAGGUUGGGCUUUAAGCCACCACUUCAUGCAUUGUUCUGAAGCCUCUGUUAAAGAUCCUAAACUUGUUAUAUCAACUGACAGCAUUAAGUAUGGGUUAGGCAUCCUGCAGGGUAUACAAAGUGAAAACAAGAGCUUGAAGAAAUCAUUGAAGGACGUAAUCACUGAGAAUGAGUUUGAGAAGAAACUCUUGGCGGAUGUUAUUCCUCCAAGUGACAUUGGAGUGACCUUUGAUGACAUUGGGGCCUUGGAGAAUGUGAAAGAUACGUUGAAGGAACUAGUGAUGCUCCCUCUACAGAGGCCUGAACUCUUCUGCAAAGGACAGCUAACUAAGCCUUGUAAGGGAAUCUUGCUUUUUGGGCCUCCUGGUACUGGGAAAACAAUGCUUGCUAAGGCAGUUGCAACCGAGGCUGGUGCAAACUUUAUAAACAUAUCUAUGUCGAGCAUUACUUCGAAGUGGUUUGGUGAAGGAGAGAAGUACGUGAAGGCAGUAUUCUCCCUAGCUAGUAAAAUUGCUCCAAGUGUCAUUUUUGUUGAUGAGGUUGAUAGCAUGCUGGGAAGACGUGAAAAUCCAGGUGAGCAUGAGGCUAUGCGGAAAAUGAAGAAUGAGUUUAUGGUCAACUGGGAUGGUCUACGUACAAAGGAUAAAGAACGAGUAUUAGUACUAGCUGCCACUAAUAGGCCUUUUGACCUUGACGAGGCUGUUAUUAGGAGGCUUCCCCGGAGAUUGAUGGUCAACCUGCCAGACGCACCUAACAGAGAGAAAAUUUUGAGGGUUAUCUUGGCCAAAGAGGAAUUAUCACCUGAUAUUGAUUUGGAAGCAGUUGCUAAUAUGACAGAAGGUUAUUCUGGAAGUGAUCUAAAGAAUCUAUGCGUGACUGCAGCACAUUGUCCCAUCCGAGAGAUAUUGGAGAAAGAAAAGAAGGAGAAAACCUCGGCCUUGGCUGAGAACAGACCUUUACCUACAUUGUAUAGCAGUUCUGACAUCCGUUCUCUUAAGAUGGAGGAUUUUAGAUAUGCACAUGAACAGGUGUGUGCAAGUGUGUCAUCAGAAUCCACAAAUAUGAAUGAGCUCCUUCAAUGGAAUGAUCUGUAUGGGGAAGGUGGAUCAAGAAAGAAGAAAUCACUCAGCUACUUCAUGUAGAGGCAUAAUGUUGUGUAUAGUAAAAUCAAUGGUUUUUAGUUUUAUUCUUCAUCACCUCAACAGGUGAGAGUAUAGAAUAGUGGGGCCGCCGCUCUUUAUGGGAUUCCAUUGUGUAUUAUACCAUAGGUUUUUGAGUCUGUAGACAUUGAUUUCACCAUACUUGCCCUCUCAAGUUCUCUCUUCUUUUUUACUUCUUUUUUUUUUUUUUUCUUUUUAAAUUAAUUUCUUAUUUGUAUCCUAUCAUUAGCCUGUACAUGCUAAUUUUGAUCAAUCAAAUAAGCAGCAUUCUUAGUUUA